AUGUCUCUGCAUACUUCAGGCAUUUCUAGAUGGCUCGCAGCCUCUCCCCCAGUCGCAUGGACCGUCCGCCAGCUACGAGAGCUCCUCAUUGGCGCCCUUAGACAGGGCCCGAUCCCGCAGCAUGUCGCAUUUGUUAUGGACGGAAACAGGCGCUUUGCGCGCGAGCACCAUAUCGAGACCGUAGAGGGACAUAAUAUGGGGUUCGAAGCGCUAGCACGAAUUCUCGAGGUUUGCUACAAGACCGGAGUAAAAGUUGUUACAAUCUAUGCCUUCAGCAUCGAGAACUUCAAGCGCUCAAAACACGAGGUGGACGCCCUGAUGGCCAUGGCGAAGCUCAAGUUGGGACAGUUGUCGGAGCAUGGAGCUCUCCUCGAUCGUUAUGGCGCCUCUAUCCGGAUUCUGGGUCAGCGCAACUUCGUCAAACCCGACGUCUUGGAGGCCAUCGACAAAGCCGUUGCCAUGACGGCACACAACAAGAGAGCCAUCCUCAAUGUCUGCUUUCCCUACACCUCACGAGACGAGAUCACGUCUGCGGUCAAAUCAACGGUGGAGCAGUUCAGCACUCCGAUAGAGAACAUCCAAACGCCCUCGAAACGUACCUUCUCCGCGUCACACAUAACCCAGCACAUCCGGAAGAAAAUGCUGGGAGAGGACAACGGGGAUGUAUCCGAGCAGCCAGACUCGCGGUCAACGUCCCCUGCAUCAUCGAAAGAAGGCAAAUCGGCUGAGGAUAACCAUUCCUCGUCGACAUCGACAGCGAUCAAUCCGCCAGAAAAGGAAGAGUCCCGAGGGCCAACGCCGGCCUAUCCAGAUGCGGAAAGCAUCACAGCUGAGACGCUGACCGACCACAUGUUGACGGCCGGGGCACCGCCUUUGGAUUUGCUGGUUCGGACUUCGGGAGUUGAGAGACUCAGCGACUUCAUGCUGUGGCAAUGCCAUGAAAACACCUCGAUCGUCUUUCUCAAGUGCCUCUGGCCCGAAUUCGAUCUGUGGCACUUCCUUCCGGUGUUGGUCGAAUGGCAGUGGCAGCAGAAGAAACUCCAGGAACAGCUACGAGGCCGGGGUCGGUCCAAGGCGGAUGGAAGUAGGAUUUGA